AUUAUAACCCGAGGUUUGUUACGAGUAUAUUGGCAGAAUGCCUCCUAAAGCAGGUGUAAAGAAAGCUAAGAAAAUCAGUGGAAAGAGAGCAUCAGGCGACAAAAAGAAGAGAACCAAGAAGCGAAAAGAAAGCUACUCUAUCUACAUCUACAAAGUGCUCAAACAAGUUCACCCAGACACAGGAAUUUCCAGUAAAGCAAUGGGAAUCAUGAACUCUUUCGUUCACGAUGUCUUUGAGCGGAUUGCCGGCGAAGCAUCACGCCUGGCCCAUUACAACAAGAAGAGCACAAUUGGUUCUCGUGAGAUUCAAACGGCCGUCCGGUUGCUGCUGCCCGGUGAACUAGCCAAGCACGCUGUGAGUGAGGGAACAAAGGCAGUCACCAAGUACUCUAGCAGCAAGUAGAGUGGAUUGAACGCAACAUACACAACGGCUCUUUUAAGAGCCACCAAACGUUAAUAAAAGAUCAUGACCAACAAA